AUCGUUGCCAGCUGCCACACCGUUCGUUCCAUCAUGGGCUCCACCGAUCUGUGUGUGGGUGUGUAUCUGCUGAAGCGCCUCAAGGACGCCGGCGUCGACCACAUCUUCGGGGUGCCAGGUGACUUCGUCCUCGGCUUCUUCAACCAAAUCCUCCAAUCCGACAUCAAAUUCGUCGGUGAGUGACGGAGGGAGGGACUCUCAACACACACAUGGAUGGAUGGACGGAUGAAUGGGUGGAUGUGGGCAGGUACGUGCAAUGAGCUCAACGCUGCCUAUGCGGCCGACGGGUAUGCGCGCGUCAAGGGCAUCGGGUGCCUCUCCACCACUUACUGUGUCGGCGAGCUGUCGGCCAUCAAUGGCGUCGCGGGCGCGUGGGCGGAGGACCUGCCGAUCGUCAAGAUCACCGGCGCUCCGGCCACCCACCACUACAGCCGCAAGACCAUGCUGCACCACACACUUGGCGACUACCACAUUCCGCAGCGGUACGUCACACACACGCAUACAAUGAUGUGUGUGGGUGGCAUGUGCCUGUGUGUGUGGCUGCAGUAUGUUUGAGAAGAUCACCGUGGCCCAUACGGUGCUGAUGAACGAGGAGACCGCCGCUGCCGAAAUCGACAGGGUGAGUGGGCUGUGUGUCUGUCUGCAGGGAGGCACAUCAAUGGAUGGAUGGCAAUCGUAUGUAUGUGUGUGUGUGUGUGUGUGGUUAGGUGUUGUCUGCGUGUCUGACCCGCAAGAAGCCCGUCUACAUAGCUCUGCCGGCCGACGUGAUCAAGAAGCCCAUCAAGCAGACAUACAUCCCUUACACCAUCCCGCCCCUGCAGAAGUCAGACCCUACGGCUGUGCAGGUCAGUGACUGCUGACACACAGGGGAUGUCUGCAUGGCUGUCUGUGGGUGGGCACGGCUUCGUCUGUGUGUGCGUGUCAUUCGUCCAUCCGUCUAUCGAUCAGGAGGCUGUUGUGGAGAGUUUGACGAUCCUGCAGCGCAGCAAGAAGCCCAUCCUCCUCCCUGGCAUCGAAAUCUGCAGGUACGGGUGCCUCGGUGCUCUCAUACAAUCGUCCAUAUGUGUGUGUGUGUGCGUGUGUGCAGAUACGGCCUUCGUGACAAGUUCCGCACGUUGCUUGAGAAGAGCGGCUUUCCCUACUCUACCAUGAUGCUCGCCAAGACGGUGCUCGACGAGGACCACCCGCAGUUCAUCGGACUCUACCAAGGCACGCAUGCACCUGCACACACACCCAGACCAACCACACAUGGAAUGAUGGGUGGAUCGGUGGAUUGGCGGAUGAAUGGGUGUGUAUUCAGGGGCCAAGAGCCGCCCGUACGUGAAAGAUCGCGUUGAGAAGUCAGACUGCAUCAUCGUGUUUGGCGAGAAGGUCUGUCGAUACCCAGACAGACAGACAGACAGACAGCGGGGAUAGACAUCCACUCACGUGUUCUUGUGUUGUGUUGUGUUGUCUUGAAUGCGUGUGCAGAUGACUGAUUUCAACACGGGCGGCUUCACGGCCAGCCUCAACGAGUUCGUCACCAUCAACGCAUGUACACACACAGAGAGAGAGAGAGAGAGAGAUGCGCACACCUGCUAUAUGUGUGUCCGUCUGUGUCCGUCUGUGUGUGUGUGUGUGUGUGCGUGUGCGUGUGCAGCGGUGAAUGAGGUCCAGAUCAGCCACCACGUUUACCCCGGUAUGCCCACACUCACACCUAUACUCACCACCUCCAAGCAUUCCGAUCUGUGUCUGUCUGUCUGUGUGCAGAUGUGUACCUGUGGGACUACAUGGACGCCCUCACGAUGCAUCUCGUCACGCGAGACGCCAAGGAUUUGGACAUACACCCCGCAUCGCUCGGAUGCACACACACACGAGCCACGGUGAGUGAGUGCACACACUCACACACCCACGCAUCCAGCGCCCAUGCAUUCGUCUUGUGCGUGUCUGUCACAUCUUGGUUGGCUGAGUGCAGAAGUUUGAGCCGAAGCCCGACAAGGAGAUCCGUAUGGGGCGCUUCUUUGACCGCAUGUCGUCAUUCCUCCCGGAGGGAACCAUCGUCAUCGCGGAGACAGGUCAGUCAUUAAGUCAUUUCUUCUUGACGGGCAGACAGGCAGAUGCCCCUUGUGGGUGAAUGCACCAUAUAAGUGUCGAUUGUGUGUUCAGGUGCGUCUUUGUUCUCUGCUGCCGAGACGCUGAUGCCAAAGGGCGGCCGAUUUGUCGGACAGACCUUCUACGGAUCCAUCGGGUGGGUGGGCAGAGAUACACACGUGUGUCCACAGCACAGUGUGUUUAUCUCUCCCCCUCGUGUAGGUACACUGUCGGAGCGACACUCGGACUGGCUUUGGCUGCACCUGACAAGACGGUACGUGUGUCGUCCAUCCAUCCAUCCAUCCAUGUGUGUGUGAUGAAUGGCACACAUACAGGUGGUGCUGUUUAUCGGCGACGGCUCCUUCCAAGUCACCGUACAGGUACCACACACACCCCCGCACCAACACAUGCACAACUGCAUAUUCGCGUGUGUGUGUGGCAUCCGUGUGUGUAGGAUGUGUCCACGAUGCUUCGCUACGGGUGCAAGAACGUCAUUAUCUUCCUCGUCAACAACGACGGAUACACCAUCGAACGGGUUAGCGCAGGGGAGAUGGAUGGAUGGAUGGAUGGAUGGGGGUGUGUGUACCAUGUACACGUGUGUUUGUAUAUGCAGGUGAUCGUUGACCAUGCCUACAACGACAUCCAGCCAUGGAAGUACUACAAACUCUGCGAAGUACAUGAGCCACAUGUCAACCGCACCCACCCACCCACCCACCCACCCACAUGUGUCUGUCUGUGCACACAUCAUAGGUGUUCGGUGGCGGGUUUGCGGCCGACUGCUGGACAGAGGGACAGCUGGAAGACGCACUCGCAAAGGUACAUACACGCACACACACAUACACGCCUACAUGAACGCCUUGAUGCAUCCACAUUCACCCCUCUGCGCAUGUGUGUGUCUGUAGACCAAGACGGCCAACGACCUGUGCUUCAUCGAGGUCCACAUGCCGCGUUGGGACUGCAGUGACUCACUCCGUGCGGCCGGCGAAGCGAUGGCCAAAAACAACAGCCUGCUGGUACUCACAAAAACACACACACGUAUCCAUCCAUCCAUCCACGCUGUGUGUCUGUGUGAAUGAAUGGCUGUGUGUAGGAGCCCGGCGGGGUCGGUCCGCUCAAGCCCCCAGAGGGAGCAGAACUUUAGGUAGCGAGAUGGAUAGACAUAUGGAAACAGACCGACACAGACAGACAGACAUGCGUACAGAGAGACACACAUAUGGGUCGCCGUGACUGUGCGUGCGUCUUUUUGCCGCCCCUCAAGGCAUCUAUCUUUUCGCAGUGAGUGCUGAUGUGUGUGUGAGAUGUGUGAUGUGUGUGUAGAUGUACGUAUGUGAGCGAAUGAGGGUGGGUAUGGUGUGUACGCCAUGCACACGUUUAUCUGGCGUGUGCGCAAGGCCUCUUUUUGCAGCUGUGUACGUGAGGGUGUGGGUGACUGUGGGUGUGUGUUUUUUUUGGUACCUACCUACUUGAGGGUGACGUGUAGGCAGUUUCUCAAUUCAGAAAUCGAAACAAACAGACAUGCGCGUGUGCGUCGCGAAAUUGAGACGAGAGAAUAUUUGCCGUACAGUACGGAAGAGAAAGUUUGCGUGAG